AUGUGCCACCGGAGCGGCCCGAGGCGACGGGCUGGGGUGGGCUGCGCCCUGGGGCGGGUCAGGAAGGACAGCGGGCUCCUUUUAGCCUCCGCCUGGCCCCACCACGCAGCCCGGCGCUCCGCGAUGUCGCCUACAGCCUCACAGGGCCCCAUCUCCCAAGCUCACCAGGUGGGGCAGCUGAACGUCGCGGAGGCCAGAGCCCCAGGGCUCGGCUGA